GACUGCAAAUAUUAGAACUUUGUUAACUUCAAAAUUUGAUAUAAUAUAAAUUAUCGUAAUUCAAAAUGUCGAUUAGAUACGCAAAUCCCUGCCCUAAAUUUGAUGUUUUUCUUGAUGGACGUGUUGCGGUGGAAAAUGAGUUACAAGCAUUCACAAGAGCAUGUCACGUCUACAAUAAGGAAAAUCGACGCAGAGGAUAUAUAAAGCGACGCAAAACCAAGCGUCGUUACUACAAACUUGGUCUUGUUGCAGAAAUAGAGACCGAAACUACCAAUGAUCAAAUAGAUAGUCUGCUUAUGGUUGGUGUACGUACUUUUUAUUUUGAUGCAUUCAGAAAUAGGCCAGAGAAUGUCCAACAAAUGAUUCAACGUACUAAGAUUCAGAUUGAACAAUAUAGGUUAGGUGAGACUGCCUCACUAUUGGUAACAAGUUUAGCUAUUACCAUUAAUGGUGAGAAUUGUGUUACUGGACGUAUGCGUAAUAACUGCACUGAUCACUUAAAACGUGGCGAAAUAGUUAGCUUAACCUCUGACGAACGUUACAAAUACUGCUCCUAUAGAGAAAUCGCUUAUGUGUCGAAUUUAUCAUUUUAUUUAAGCAGAUUAAGUUUAAAUGAUGAAAUACAAAUUGGACCAAGUUUAAAAGGGCCAAUUGUUAAAAAGUUAACUGAAACGAUAGCAAUACUAGUGGAGGUAGCAGGACCGCUACACUCUUAUAUGGAUGUAGAGCUACCAAGUAUUGCUUAUACCCUGAGUGCUGAUGAGAUUCCACAUAUGUUUGCUGAAGAUUUGGGUAUUGCUAUAAACGCCAAUGUUAAUUAUAUAGUUGUACCCAAAUUACGUAACAAAAAAUAUUUAAUGAUCUUACGUUCUUACAUACCCGAAGAAUAUGCCUUAAACAUAAUUGGCGUACUAGAUUUCGAAUACAUAAGAGAUAAUAUGUGUGAUAUCAGAGGUAUAUUAAAACAAUUGGAUUAUCUUUGGAUACCUGAUAUGUUCAGUAUAAGUCAUACUAUGCAAAGAUUUGUUUUUGAUGAAGUAAUUCCGAUCGCUAAAUCAAUACGUAAACCAAUUAUCGGUACUAUUCAUAUGGAACGUCGUAUUGAUUUCAAUAACUUUGAAAAUCACUACUUCUUGUGGAAGAUAGAUACCAUAUUUAUAGAACGAAGUAUUACUUGCAAAAAAUAUCCGCUAAUAGUGAAAAAACUACUUCCUCUAUAUGAUUAUCGUAAGAUAACUGUAGAUAAGUGUUCUAUUGUCAAAGAAAUACUAACUGCAUAUGAUACAGUUGUGAAUUUCAUAAUACGCACUAUAUGCUCAGUGGAGUGUCAAGCUAUUUUUGUGCACGCAACAUGUGAACCAGCAGCUCUAGCUUUAGGUAGAGUUGAAAUUUACUGUCCAGUUUUCGUUGUAAUGCAAGUAGACGAAGCGGAUCCAUUUGAUGUUAGCAGAAAACACAGUUUAGCUCGAGCUAUACAACUACGACGAAACCUUCAACCGCUUUUGUAUACGGAAGAAAUGAACAAAUGUGAUUUUACUGCUGUGGAGUAUGGCAUAGACUAUGCACGUAAUAAGGACUUACUACAUACAGGAGAUUUCAUAAUAACAAUCGAAGUUGCCAAAUUACCUGAAGAAGAAGAAGAAGAGGAAAUAGGAGAAGGAGAGGAUGGUGUUAUACUUCGUGCAACAUUUUUGCCACCAAUCAAGAAAUACGAACAAUUUAAAUUUUCAUAAAGCAUUUAUAUAUUAUUAUACUA